AUGAUCAAAUUCAUUUUAAUGGUCAACAAACAGGGCCAGACGCGACUCGCCAAAUACGCGGACUUUCUAACGAUAAAGGAGCGACAGGCGAUUGAGAACGAGCUCAUUCGGAAGUGUUUGUCGAGGAGUGAGAGUCAGUGUAGUUUUUUGGAGUAUCGGAGUUACAAGGUAAUAGUAGUAGCAUUAGUAGUGGUAAUAGUAGNNNNGACUCUCGAUAAGUAUUUCGAGAACGUCUGCGAACUUGAUAUUAUGUUCAAUUUGGAGAAGGCACAUUUCAUCCUGGAUGAGAUGCUUGCUAACGGCUGCAUAGCGGAAACCAAUAAGGCCAAUGUACUAGCUCCUUUAUAUUUGCUCGACAAACACGGUGAUGGUGCCCAAUAG